AUGGGAACAUCAUAUUUUGUCCCGUUUCUUCUUGUUGUAUUUCUCGCCUCUACUACGCUUUUACUUAUAGCCCUCAUACCAUUUGCUUCACCAUCUUACCCCUUCUCGCCCUCUUCCUCCUCACCCUGGCCGCCCCCGUCCUGUGGACCUGGUCAGUCCUGGGCUGUGAAGAUCCAAGAUGGAGACCAAUCUGAAGACCUGGAUUUGAUCGCUGAUAAGGUUGCUGAGCAGGCCGGUCUGGAAAAUCAGGGUCAGAUUGGGCAGCUGCAAGGCCACUACCUGCUGUGUUCAUUCAGACCUGGUGGAUCGGGUGUUUGGAGGAAGAGUGUUGACCCGGGGGAGGUACUUUCAGCACACCCUCAUGUCUUGUGGUACUCCCAGGACAGAGUGCUCAUCCGCUCUAAAAGAAGUAUGGCCUUCAAUGACCCACGCUAUCCUCAACAAUGGCAUUUGCACAAUGAUGUGAAUAGAGGCAUGGACAUAAAUGUGACCGGACUGUGGGAGCGUAACAUCACAGGAAGAGGCGUCACUGUGGUUGUAGUCGAUGAUGGAGUAGAGCACACACACCAAGACAUACAACCCAACUAUAGUCCUGAAGGCAGUUAUGACCUAAACUCAAAUGACCCAGACCCCAUGCCCCACCCAGACGCCCACAGUGACAACCAUCACGGGACGAGGUGUGCAGGGGAGAUCGCUGCUGUCCCAAACAACAGCUUCUGUGCCGUGGGAGUCGCUUACGGCAGCAAAGUGGCAGGAAUUCGAGUCCUGGACGGUCCACUGACAGACAGUCUAGAGGCGAUAGCUUUCAACAAACACUAUCAAGUUAAUGAUAUCUACAGCUGCAGCUGGGGUCCAGAUGAUGAUGGUCACACGGUUGAUGGACCUCAUCCUCUCGGAAAGGCUUCUCUGCAGCAUGGGGUGAUCGCAGGCAGACGUGGUUUUGGCAGUAUCUUUGUUGUUGCUAGUGGCAACGGAGGCCAGUACAACGACAACUGCAACUAUGACGGUUAUGCUAACUCCAUUUACACCAUAACAAUAGGAGCAGUAGAUGAAAAGGGGAGGAUGCCGUUCUAUGCAGAGGAGUGUGCAUCGAUGCUCGCUGUGACUUUUAGCAGCGGAGGGAACAGGCUAAGAAGCAUUGUGACGUCAGACUGGUCGAUGCAGCUCGGGACCGGGUGUACAGAGGGUCACACGGGGACCUCGGCCGCCGCGCCUCUCGCUGCCGGGAUGGUGGCUCUGAUGCUCCAAGUCCGGCCCUGUCUCACCUGGAGAGACGUUCAGCACAUCAUCGCCUUCACCGCCACCAAGUGUGACAGCGGUGCAGACUGGAGGGUGAACGGAGCUGGUUUCCAUCACAGUCAUCAGCACGGCUUUGGUCUCCUGAACGCCUGGAGACUCGUCAACGCCGCCAAGGUUUGGGAGUCUGUGCCUUUCCUCGUGUCCUAUCAAAGCCCACUGAUAAAAGAAGAAGUGCCUAUUCUGACUUAUCCGGGCGAGUUGAUUCGAACCUGGAAUGUUACGGCCGAUGACCUGAAACACUCAGGCAUGCGGACUCUGGAGCACGUGGCUGUUACCGUGACCAUCACCCAUCCCUGCCGCGGCAACGUGGAGAUUAUCCUGAUGUGUCCCAGCAGCAUGACGUCGGUGAUCGGAGCCCGGCGCGCCAUUGACAAGGACGCAGGAGGCUACCAGGACUGGACCUUCUCCACUGUUCGUUGCUGGGGAGAAAAGGCCGAAGGACAAUACAAGCUCAAGAUCUCUGACCACAAGGAGCCCCAGCUACAGAAAUGUGCAGACGUGGGAGUCUUGAAGCAGUGGAAGCUCUCUCUGUACGGCUCCUCUAUGUCGUACAUGGAAGUGAAAGACAGACAGAGGUUGGUGAAGGAUGCGAUGAGCGGCAAAUAUCUGGACGAUAGUUUCUCUCUGCCGUGUCCCCCGGGCCUGGACGUCCCACCAGAGAUUAUCAGACCUUUCUCCUCCAACAGUUUAAGGUUCCUGUUGCUCCUCGGCUGCUUCGCCCUCUUCUGGUCCAUCUACUGCACUCUGGAGGUGGCUCUGGCCCAUGUGGACUUCAGGGCGAUGCUUUGUUUUGGGCGGAGGAGAGGCGGAGCGAGGGGUCGGAGGCCGCGGCGAGAGUGGGGCGGGCCCCAAGUGCUGGUUAUAACGGGGCAGGAGCUACAGACCGGAGAGGAACUGCAAACUGUCGUGGAGUCCAAUACGCCGCUUUUGAACGGGGAGCGAGUGGAGACAUAGCGUUAAAGGGGUGAAGAGAUAAAAUAUAUGGGUACGUUUACAUGUACCGUUCAGUCAGGGUUGAUCUCAUUCCAUUUUUUUAGAAGUUGAGUUGAUCAGCGUUUCUUAAUAGACGAGGUUGAACUCUUGGAACAAACUUUGGCCAGUCGCAAACGCGCAAAGUGCAUUUUAAAAGAGAUCAACACUGAGAUUAAUACCAAAGUUGUUUUUUCCAACAGAUCUAAAGCAAAAGACGAAGUUUAAAUCCGUCAACUGGACAAAUCAUUGUAGGAGUCGUCGUCCAGUUGACAGAUUUAAACUUGGUCUUUUGCUCUGGGUCAGACCUGGACGACUGAGGGAUUACACAGACUUCUAACAGGUCUGUUUCAUUAAAUAAGGCUGAAAAAACAAACGUAAAACAAAAAGAGAAACAAUGAAAUGUGGAUAAAUAUUCAGGCAAUACUCAAACUAAGGCUAAGCUCUACUAAAGAAGGGAAUCCAAGUGCAGGCAUGCAUGGAUUCAUCUCAUCUGUGGAUACUGAACAUUUAUGUUACUGUUUUUUUAAUUAUCGCUGAUUCAAGGACAGUGCCAGUCAUAGUUUUGGUGCAUUUUGGAGUCAGUUGACAUUACUCAUACUUAAUCAUAGACGUAUUCUGUACUAUAUAACUUGCUGCAGUGAGAUUUUGUCUCUCGUUCUACAUAAUCUGACAUCAGGAAGGUGCAGGUUCAUAUCGAGACAAGCCCAAACACUAAAAAACAACAACAGCUGUCUCGUCUUGGGAUGAUCUUUUUAGGCGUUUUAUAGAUGACGUGUUGCUUUUCAAUCGUAUCAACAUGAUCGGCGUAUUGUGAGAGUUAAAAAGACUCAUGUUUGAUAUAUUUUUCACGUAGGAAUAGGACGACGAUAGCCUCAUUAGCAUACAGUUAAAUCAACAUGUUAAAGGCGCAAUGUGUGACUUUUCUGACGAUGCUUGUAUCCAUGGAGAUGUUAUUUCGUUGCCUGGAAUGUUCCACAGUAUCGCCUUGAACUUUUCUAACUUGCAUCUGUUCAAUUAGUGUCGUUUUUUUAUUGACAAAAAAAUACAAAAGUUAAAAAGCAAAUGCGUUUAUGCUGUGAACAGGCUCAUCUCCGCACCUGAUCGUUUCAUCGUAGGACAAUUUAAUGCCACUGUGGAACAUUCUAGUCAAGGUAAUAAAAUCUAAAAAGUUACAGCUGCACCUUUUUAAAUAUCAUACGUUUAUUAUAAGAUCCAGCUUCAUAUCGCACUUAUUUCUGCAGCCGUGUAACAUCCUGUUUAUUACUGACAACUGUGAACUUUUACUCGGCUCAUUUGGUUUGUUCUGUGGUGAAUAGUUGCACUUCUUUACUUUUAUCAAACUGAAUGUGAUGUAGUCCUUUUAUUUUUUAUUUUUUUGCCCGGACUACGACCUUUACCUUAGAUUUUACGAGUCAAGCCAGGCCAGUAGAUAAAAUCAUGUAAACUUCGUGACUUCCUGCGCCUCUCAGGACGUAGUCGACCCAAACUGGGCUGGACUUUUCUACAAGUAGCCUUUUGGGACAAUCUUCUGCUUCCCCUCUGAGCCCUGUUUUAUUCUCUAAACAUUUUCACACACACAAACCUAAAAACAACAACUCGCCGUCAACUACAGAUAUGAUAAAAUCUGUUGAAAGUGUUACUCACGGUCCAAUGAGCAAAAUGCUAAACUAAACUACUUUUUUUUUUUUUUUUUUUGCAAAUGAUUGCUUCAUAGAUUUAGGUGGUAACUGACAGGAAACGGUUUCUUUAUUUAACUGAAAUUGCUGUAAGUUUGUUUGUUUGUUUAGAUCCAGUCAGUGUUGCUAUGGUUUCGUCUAAAUUCCACAGUAAUGCCGCGCUGUGCACUAUUGUGAAAAUUUAGGUUUAGGGUUAAGUUUAGGGAAAUUCUCGUGGUGACUGCAGCUUUAUAUUGCUUCAAAACAACUACAAAAAGUUACUUAGGUGUUAAACAAACUCCACUGACUUGUGCUUAAAGCUGCACUGUGUAACUUUUCUGGAGGAGGGUGCAGCAGCUGCUUAUCGUCACUGAAAUGUUCAACUUAUUUAUCUUGCAUUUUUUCCGUAAUGGGUGUUUUAUAUCGUUUAAAAUACCUGACAUGUAAGUGCUCGUCUCCAACAGGAUAAAUGAGCUUAAUGCCUUACAGCGGGACAUUCUACACCAGAGAAAAGUAUAUUAUUUCUGUCACGAUAAGCUGGUUUUAUACAGUACAUUGUUCCAGAAAAGUUACACAGCGAUUGGAAAGUCGCACGCCCAAAUAUAUUAAGUAAUGCUGUUUUUUAAUUUAUUUUUAUUGUGGCAUUAUCCAUUAUUUGAAUUCUCGCUCCUUUGCCGACUCGUUGCGUUAGAUUCACAGUUUUAUUGAACAAAAGUGGUGCGUAAAUGCAGCUAAUGCAACUAAAACGUGCAAUAUGCUGUGUUUUUUAAAUGAGUCUUCCUUUAAGUGUCCUAAAUCUGGCAGUGUAUUGGAACUCGUUUUUAAAGCAUCUUUUCUCUCGGAUGUGGCUUUACUUUUUGGGCGCUUUUUUUAUGCAGGUAUUUGAAAAACUACUGAACAAAAACUUGAAGUGAGCUCUUCAUAGUUUGUGUAUUUAUACAGUGUAAAGUGUAAUGUAUAGAGAGGACAUAUACAGAGUUUGAACAUUUGUAUCAAGUGUUUUUAAAGAGUUUAAUUUUGUAUUGUAAAGUGUUUGGAGUGAAGAUGGCUGCUUUGCUGUGCAAGUCGCAGGUGAAGGGAAUAAAAACAUGGAUGGUUUAACUAC